GGCCGCACAGCCCCGCACCGAGAGGUUCGAGGCGGCUCCUGGCGUCGCCCUGAGGCAGCGACUGAGCAAGAGAGUCCAGCACGGGCGGGCGGCGGCGAGGGGGAGCCCGCUACGAGUGUCCCGGCUCCCCGCCGCUCUCCAAGGACCGGGCGAAAUAAGCCGCGCCUCCAGCAGGGGCUGCGCCUCCAUGAAUCCCUAGGUUUUUUUCUUUCUCUCCCCGCUCCUCACCCCCCACCCCGGAUCCCGUCCCGCCUUCUCCCUUCGCCCGCCAGCAGCGGCCGCGUCCAGGUGUGGAGUCCAGAGCGGAAAGCAAUGGCGUCCAACCCCGAACGGGGGGAGAUUCUGCUCACGGAGCUGCAGGGAGAUUCCCGAAGUCUUCCCUUUUCUGAGAAUGUGAGUGCUGUUCAAAAAUUAGACUUUUCAGAUACAAUGGUGCAACAGAAAUUGGAUGAUAUCAAGGAUCGAAUUAAGAGAGAAAUAAGAAAAGAACUGAAAAUCAAAGAAGGAGCUGAAAAUCUGAGGAAAGUCACAACAGAUAAAAAAAGUUUGGCUUAUGUGGACAACAUUUUGAAAAAAUCAAAUAAAAAAUUAGACGAAUUGCAUCACAAGCUACAGGAACUAAAUGCACAUAUUGUUGUAUCAGAUCCAGAAGAUGUUACAGAUUGCCCAAGGACUCCAGAUACUCCCAGUAGUGACCCUCGUUGUUCCACCAGCAAUAAUAGACUGAUGGCCUUACAAAAACAAUUGGAUAUAGAACUUAAAGUAAAGCAAGGUGCAGAGAAUAUGAUACAGAUGUAUUCAAAUGGAUCUUCAAAGGAUCGGAAACUCCAUGGCACAGCUCAACAGCUGCUCCAAGACAGCAAGACAAAAAUAGAAGUGAUACGAAUGCAGAUUCUUCAGGCAGUCCAGACCAAUGAAUUGGCUUUUGAUAAUGCCAAACCUGUCAUAAGUCCUCUUGAACUUCGGAUGGAAGAAUUAAGGCAUCAUUUUAGGAUAGAGUUUGCAGUAGCAGAAGGUGCAAAGAAUGUAAUGAAAUUACUUGGCUCAGGAAAAGUAACAGACAGAAAAGCACUUUCAGAAGCUCAAGCAAGAUUUAAUGAAUCAAGUCAGAAGUUGGACCUUUUGAAGUAUUCAUUAGAGCAAAGAUUAAAUGAACUUCCCAAAAAUCAUCCCAAAAGCAGUAUUAUUAUUGAGGAACUUUCACUUGUUGCAUCACCAACACUAAGUCCACGUCAAAGUAUGAUAUCUACACAAAACCAAUACAGUACCCUAUCCAAACCAGCAGCACUAACAGGUACUUUGGAAGUUCGUCUAAUGGGCUGUCAAGAUAUCCUAGAGAAUGUCCCCGGACGGUCAAAAGCAGCAUCGGUUGCACUACCUGGUUGGAGUCCAAGUGAAACCAGAUCAUCUUUCAUGAGCAGAACGAGUAAAAGUAAAAGUGGAAGUAGUCGAAAUCUCCUAAAAACCGAUGACUUAUCCAAUGAUGUCUGUGCAGUUUUGAAGCUAGAUAAUACUGUGGUUGGCCAAACUAGCUGGAAACCCAUUUCCAAUCAGUCGUGGGACCAGAAGUUUACACUGGAACUAGACAGGUCACGUGAACUGGAAAUUUCAGUUUAUUGGCGUGAUUGGCGAUCUCUGUGUGCUGUAAAAUUUCUGAGGUUAGAAGAUUUUUUAGACAACCAACGGCAUGGCAUGUGUCUCUAUUUGGAACCGCAGGGUACUUUAUUUGCAGAGGUUACCUUUUUUAAUCCAGUUAUUGAAAGAAGACCAAAACUCCAAAGACAAAAGAAAAUUUUUUCGAAACAACAAGGCAAAACAUUUCUCAGAGCUCCUCAAAUGAAUAUUAAUAUUGCCACUUGGGGAAGACUAGUGAGAAGAGCUAUUCCUACAGUAAAUCAUUCUGGCACCUUCAGCCCUCAAGCCCCUGUGCCUCCUACAGUGCCAGUGGUUGAUGUGCACAUCCCUGAACUAGCACCUCCAGCUAGUGAUUCUGCAGUAACCAAAUUGGACUUUGAUCUUGAACCUGAACCUCCUCUGGCCCCACCACGUGAUUCUUCCCUUGGAGAAAUAGAUGAAUCUGCUGAAUUAAGAGAUUUGGAUACACAAGGACAGGUUUCAGAAACAGUUUUUGAUACUGAGAAUGACAGAAAUAGACUACUUCCAAAAUCUCAAUCUGAAUAUGAGCCUGAUAUUCCUCAAUCAGGCCUAGAAUAUAGUGAUAUUCAUGAACUUGAGGACAGAAGAUCUCAACAAAUGUUUCAGUUUAAUCUACAAGACUUCCGGUGUUGUGCUGUCUUGGGUAGAGGACAUUUUGGAAAGGUGCUUUUGGCUGAAUAUAAACACACUAAUGAAAUGUUUGCUAUAAAAGCCUUAAAGAAAGGAGACAUUGUGGCUCGAGAUGAAGUAGACAGCCUGAUGUGUGAAAAAAGAAUUUUUGAAACUGUGAAUAGUGUAAGGCAUCCCUUUUUGGUGAACCUUUUUGCAUGUUUCCAAACCAAAGAGCAUGUUUGCUUUGUAAUGGAAUAUGCUGCCGGUGGGGACCUAAUGAUGCACAUUCAUACUGAUGUCUUUUCUGAACCAAGAGCUGUAUUUUAUGCUGCAUGUGUAGUUCUUGGGUUGCAGUAUUUACAUGAACACAAAAUUGUUUAUAGAGAUUUGAAAUUGGAUAACUUAUUGCUAGAUACAGAGGGCUUUGUGAAAAUUGCUGAUUUUGGUCUUUGCAAAGAAGGAAUGGGGUUUGGAGAUAGGACAAGCACAUUUUGUGGCACUCCUGAAUUUCUUGCCCCAGAAGUAUUAACAGAAACAUCCUAUACAAGGGCUGUAGAUUGGUGGGGCCUUGGCGUACUUAUAUAUGAAAUGCUCGUUGGUGAGUCUCCCUUUCCUGGUGAUGAUGAAGAGGAGGUUUUUGACAGUAUUGUAAAUGAUGAAGUAAGGUAUCCAAGGUUCUUAUCUACAGAAGCCAUUUCAAUAAUGAGAAGGUUAUUAAGAAGAAAUCCUGAGCGGCGCCUUGGAGCUGGUGAAAAAGAUGCAGAGGAUGUAAAAAAGCACCCAUUUUUCCGAGUGCUGCUGAUCUUCCCAAAGCAACUGAGGAAGACAAAAAGGAUUAACAUCCAUGCUCUCUUUGUUCAUCUGUGUACACCUUGCUCCAAGAGCUUAAUGAUACAGAUGAAAGAACAUGGCACUUUUGAGGAAAUGAAACUUCACAGUAGCUGGAGUAUAUGUAAAAACUGCAAUGGAGUAGAUGCUAGCAUGAACAGGAUGGAUCUACUUUAUCUUCAUAGAAAUGGCCUUGCAUAGCUCACUAAUAUUCCUAACCUGCUAAAAAUGCAGGCCCCAAACAGAAACAGGCUUCACAUUCUACGUAUGAUCAGCUCCCAGUGAGGUGGUUGCCCACCUAUGUAUGGGGAGUUUUUCCACACCUGGAGGUAAGGCUGUAAGCUCCACUCUCUAAAACAGCAAGUACACCCCUCUGCCCACAGAUUACUCUUUAAAAUCAGUUUUAUUGAUCCAUGUUUUUAAAAUGUAUUCUAAAAAAUAGACCAAAAUGUUGACAUAGUUGAGUGGCAGGAGCUAGGUCCCUCCCUUCCCUUUAUGCUUAGCUGCAUUUUUCUAGUUAUCUAAUACAUUUUCAUAGCCAGGAAAAUGAAGAAACUAAACAAAUCACAUUACUAUACCUGAAC